UGCCCUGUCCACAUUUCCAUUUUGUUUCUAUUCUGACGCUGUGUCAACAUGCCAGACCCUUCUCGGUCGGCUCCUGCCCCUAAGAAAGGCUCCAAAAAGGCCAUCACCAAGGUUCAGAAGAAAGACGGCAAGAAGCGGAGACGCGGCCGCAAGGAGAGCUACUCCAUUUACGUGUACAAAGUGCUGAAGCAGGUGCACCCGGACACCGGCAUCUCGUCCAAGGCCAUGGGCAUCAUGAACUCCUUCGUCAACGACAUCUUCGAACGCAUCGCCAGCGAGGCCUCCCGCCUGGCGCACUACAACAAGCGCUCAACCAUCACCUCCCGGGAGGUGCAGACGGCAGUGCGCCUGCUGCUGCCCGGGGAGCUGGCCAAGCACGCCGUGUCCGAGGGCACCAAGGCCGUCACCAAGUACACCAGCUCCAAGUGAGGCGCUUCCACCGCAGCCGCGCCACAGAACACAAAGGCUCUUUUCAGAGCCACCUCCGUGCUCACAAAGGAGCGUACGAGCUAGUUUGGUUUGAGACAUUAAUUCAGUCGGGAUUAUGAAGGACCUGGGAUGGGCGAUGGGGGUGCAAAUUUUGAGAUGAAGCUACGCUCUUUGGUCUUAAUGAUAUUUCUUCAACUAACAUUCCAUUAAACUUGCUGAUUUAGCUUUAGCCCCAGGGCUGUGACCAUCUGUGCAUGGCACGCUCCGUGUGGAUAACCGAGUGGGAUCACUUACAGG